CGGAAUACGAAUACAUGUCAGUCCCGUCGCUAAUAUGCACAGCCAGACAGCGGGCGCUCGCUUUUCAACAUUGACUCUAUUCGCGGCUUGGCACUCACGAUCCGCUUUCCGCGUCCCGCAACAUCGUCUGACCGCAACGGUUAAGACGAAACCUGGUAGGGUCCGUAGGGGCAAUUUGGGAAGCCGGAACAGCGUUUGUCGACCAGCCGAUGCCCUGACGGAGCCAAUAGCACCAUAUCUGAUUCGUCUCAUCAUACCGGACGGAUUGGGCACUUGAACAAUCAAGUUAGGUGCGUACAUCGGUUUAGCAC